AUGUCACCUCGUACGAACUCACCACCACCGUCUUCGUAUGGGUACGACGAUAAUGAAUAUGAUUAUCAUCCUUCGGGACCUUCCACGACACCAACAGGAGGAAAUCAAACUUCCUUUAAUAAUAUCCAUCAAUCAAAUUUAUAUUCAUCACAAUAUCAUCAAAGUAAUAUAACACCAAAUGGGACAAAUUUAUCUAGAAAUGAUAUUUCAGGAACACCUUCUACCCGUAAUAAUUCCUCAAAGGAUAAUGAUGAGAAAGGGUUAUUCACCGCACUUCUUCUUCAUCCAUUGAAUAUACCAAGAAGAGUUCUUCAAUCUUCAGCAGUAAAAUACGUAUCCCUAAUGGUAGUAUAUUCUUUCUGUUUAACGACAGUAUGUUUUAUAUUCUUCGUUUCAUACCUUUUAACAUUUUAUGAUGAUGCCUUGAGGUUAUUUCAUACUUCACGUGCGUGGGCACGGUUGAGAAAUGGAGUUCGAGAAAGAAUUUCAAUGAUGGGUGAUGAUUGGGAGGAUUUCCUUCAAAAAUAUUUUGAUCAACCGUGGAAUGGCGAUGUCAAUUAUUUCAAGUGGCUAAAAGGAUUGAUGUUAAGUUUUAUGGCUGUUGUUGCAGGUCAAGAUACCAAAGAUGCAACCAAUAGAUUUCAACAAUCUGCAAAUUCUUUCCGUUCUCGACCGUCUUCCACGACGGUUGGAGAUCAAAAGUCCAAUUCAGUCCUUUAUUGGAAUGAUGUCCCACCAAAAUAG